UAAAGCCUUCUGCUUUAUUUUAGCUCCCAUAUUCUCAUUCUCUCCUGCUUUAUUUCUCUCUCUCUCUCUCAUCUCUCUCUGUGUGUGUUAGGUCUCUCCCAGUUGAGUUGAUGUGAUUCUCCACUAGUACUACUCCUCCCAAAUACCAAAUAACCUUUACAAAAGAGAAAGAAUUCAGAAUCAUCAAAUAAUUGGAAGCAGCAGCUCCAACCCUUUACUCCCACCACUAGCGCCGCCCCCGCCGCCUCCUUCUCAGCCUCAUGGUGGUGGUGGAGCUGGAUCAAUCCGCCCCGGCUCCAUGUCGGAGCGUGCUCGUCUCGCCAACAUACCUAUGCCCGAAGCAGCCCUCAAAUGCCCUCGUUGUGAAUCAACAAACACAAAGUUUUGCUAUUUCAACAACUACAGCCUUUCUCAGCCACGCCACUUUUGCAAGACGUGCAGGAGGUACUGGACCAGAGGCGGCGCGUUGAGAAACGUUCCGGUGGGCGGUGGGUGCCGGAGGAACAAAAGAAGUAAGUCCACCAGCUCAAAGUCUCCGGCCAGUAACGACCGGCAAACCACCUCCAGCUCAACCAGUACUAUUUCUGCCAACAGUGGCGGUGCUAACUUAUUAGGACUCUCGCCGCAGCUUCCGCCUCUAAGAUUCACGUCUCCUUUAAGCCAACUCACUGAAAAUUUCGCAAGUGAUAUGGGCUUGAACUAUAGUGGGAUUUCAGCUGCGAUGGCCGGAACAAAUGAGAUGAACUUUCACGGGGUUAGCAGUUUACUUGGUGGUGCAGGAGGAAUGUCUUCACUUUUAUCAAGUGGUGGUGGCGCCGGCGGCGGCAGAACCUUGGCGGGUUGGCGGUUGCAGCAGAUGCAGCAAUUCCCUUUCUUGGGUGGUUUAGAUCCAUCGCCGUUGGGGAUUUACCAAUUUCAGGGCGGCGAAUCAGGGUUAGUGGGCAGCGAGACGACGAGGCCUAAACUAUCGAGCUCGCUGUUAACUCAGAUGGCGUCAGUGAAAAUGGAAGAAAACCCUGAGCUGAAUCUGUCAAGACAAUUACUGGGAAAUGAUCAGUGGAAUGCAACCGCUGCUUGGACGGAACUUUCCAGUUUCAGCUCUUCUUCCACAAGCAAUCCCUUAUAAUUAAUUAAUAAUCUUGAAUUAUAUAUAUAUAAAUAUUAUAUUUUGGUGGGAUGGAAAUUGGAAGCUGUUCUUGGUGGAAGAACCCUUGUGAUCUGGUGGAACCAAAGACUGGUUAGUGUACGGCUGUGAUCGGCCGAGAAACCCUAGAAAUGGUAGUUUUUUUGUUUUUUUUUCCUUUUCCUUAUUAACUUUGAUUUCUAGCCUAAUAUGCCUACUCUGUACUGCCAGAUGUUAAUGUUUAUUAGAGAAGUGAGUGUGUGAUUUCUUCUUCUAGCUUUUUGUUACACAUACGGAGAUCUAAUGCUUUUCAAGAAGGCCUGCCCGCCCGUAAGCUAAUUAAUUCCGGGUUCUUCGUAUAUGGAAUGCAACUACAUUUCUUCCAUUGUUAA